AUGACGUCAGCGGGCCAGCUCAGCCGCCACCGCAACAACUACAAAACCCCCUCGACCAAGCACUGUCUAGCUAGCGUCUCCCGCUCCGUUUGCAAUGUCGAAUCCCACCUCCCAUCCGAAUCCUUAACCACGCCCACCCACCCUAGCAUUUCCCUCCCACAGCAGCAGCACACCGCCACCACCCACCCGGCAGCCCACCUCCCCACCACCCAAAUCGCAACCAUGGGCAUCCCGUACUCGCGCGAGAUCAACGCGGCCUUUGAGCAAGUCACCCCGCUCGUAGCCGCGGGCUUCCAGGUGCUGCGCACGACGAAAAAUAUCUCAAUCGUACUCGCCGUCAUCCAGGUCCUGACCGUCGUGUUCCUGGGCCUGAUACUGGGCGCGCUCGUCGUGCUGAUCUACUGCGUGAAUCCCGAUCUCGAGGAAGAGAGAAAGGCACUCGUGUCUCCGCUCCUGAAGCGGAUGGCGCACGUUUCGCUCUUCAGCGUCGUCAGGACCCUGAUCACCUCCGCGGCGGUGCUGGGCGGCGUGGGGUACGCGGCGUGGCGCGUGUUUCUGUUCGAGCAGUGGGUUGAGGACGUCGAGUAUGAGGCGAACGUGGAUGCGGAUUUGGCGCUGGGGGAAUGGGAGGGGGAUGCUAAGGACAAGGGGAAGGGAAGUGGUGGUGCAAGUGGGAAGAAGAAGGGCAAGGCCAAAGCAAAGAGCGACACAGAUCGCAUUCUAGAAGAAGAGAAGAAGAAGAAGGAGAAGAGAAAUUAG